CGGUGAAAAAUGCGAAACCCCAACAGGAUACCGGUACGUACAGUGUACGUGUGAAAGAUGUGGAAAGUGACAAAGUGCCUGUUACUGUAAACAAGAAGCAGCUUAAAUUUGUGCAACAACUGAAAGCGAAUAAGACUGAUCUGGUUGAAGGUGAAUCGGUGGAAUUUACGUGUGAACUUAGCCGACCACUUGUAGAUGAAGAAAAGCUUUUGUGGUUUUUAAAUGGUGAACCGUUUUUAACUAAUGUUGUCAAUCGGGAUCUGGUGGUGGAUUCGAAAAAGGUUUAUUUUGGUGUUAACAAGGUGGAGUCGGUGUUUUCGGGUGAUUACCAAUUGGUGAUAAAAGGUGGAGAUGACAGUGAUGUAGCAAAGAGUUCUGUCGUGAAGGUCACGAUUAAACCUGAUCAGGUGAGAUUUGUAAAAGCGUUGAGAGCAUUGAACAAUCCAAUAGAUGAAAAUGAUACGCUAGCACUGGAAUGUGAGUUGGAUAAAGCAACUUAUGAAAAUGUCGUUUUCAAGCACAAUGGCGCAGAAGUUAUAACUGAUAAUGAACGCACUAGAGUGAAACAAGAAGGUCCCAAAUGGCAAUUAUUUAUUGACAAUGUGAAAGAAGACGAAGACAGUGGUAACUACACAGUUGUGGUGAACGACAAUACGUCUUCACCAAGCGUUGAAAUUAAAAUUUUAAAGCGGCUUGAGUUUAUCAAGCAGUUAACAGUAUCGAAUACCGAACCAGUAGUUGAUGAUACAUUAGUCUUUGAAUGUGAAGUUUCGAGAUCAAUAGCAGAUAAUAAAGAUGUCGCAUUUAUGUUGAAUGAUAAGUUGUUAUCUGUAGAACAAAUGAAACGACUGAAAAUUGAUCGUCAAAACGAUAAUAAAAAGUUGGUGAUUACAUUGAAAAAUAUCAAAUUAAAUGUUGAUCAAGGUGAUUAUUCCUUAAAAAUAAAUCCAUCUCAACUACAAUCCCAGUCUGUGCAUGUGAACGUUAAUCCAAAACCAAUUGAAGUCAUACAAGCAUUAAACCAAGAAAAGGAUGUGUUCGUAAACGAUAUAUUGGUUUUAACGACUAAGUUAAGAAAUGUUGAUAAUAACCCAACGAUUGUUUGGUUACGAAAUGGUGAACCGAUCUCUAGUGGUCCAACGAAUAAACGUGUCAAAUCUGUUCCAUCUAACGAUCGACAACAAUUCAAGUUAGAAAUCGAUAAAAUUCAACUGGAUGAAAGCGGAACUUACGCGUUGAAAUUAAAUGAUCAGGUGAUAACAGAUUGUGAAGUAACAGUCAAACAACAUCCUUUAAAAGUCGUACAACCAUUAAAAAUUAUCGGCAAACAACUUGUCAAUGAAACAAUUGAGUUGGUUUGUGAGAUCAAUCGGCCGAAUGUAUCAUUCGUCUGGUUAAAAGAUAAUGAACCUAUUGAAAAUCAGUCAGAAUCAUCAAUUGAUGGGAAAUAUCGUUUAAAACUCGAUCAACUGAAAAUGGAUAAUUCGGGAGAGUACAUAAUAAGAUUUAACAAUGGCGAAUUGGAACAAAAAGUCAGCGUUAAAAUUGAAUAUCCACCGUAUGAAUUUGUGCAACAGCUAAAAUGUAUUCCAUCUGACGAAGUGGAAGAAAAUGAUGAAAAUGUAUGCCUGCAAUGCGUCCUUAACCGACCGUUAGAUGAUACAGUCAAAGUUGAAUUAUUCAAAAAUAAUAAAUCAUUACCAGUUGAUAACAAACGUAUUUUUCUUGAUAAGGAAGGCGCAUCCAUAACAGUACGCUUUCAACAAGUUAAACCCGAUGAUAUGGGAACAUACAAGGUAACUGUUAAUAAAGCAAAAGAGACUACGACACGUUUAAAAGUCAAAGAACUGCAAUUAAAAAUAAUUGAACAAUUACGUAUAGCCGACAAUGACUCAAAUGAAAUUAACGAAACCAGUCCAUUUGAGAUGUCUGUCAAAUAUAAUAAACCGGUGAAAAAUGUUAUACUAAACAAAGAUGGUAAAAGAGUACCGAUUAGUGCAAGCGAUAAACAUGUUCAAAUUUCAUACACAGACGAUAAUUCAAAAGUACGAUUUCAAUUUGAUAAAGCUGUGCUAGAAGAUAAAGGAAAAUAUGAGACUAUCGUCAAAGAUUCAACCAUUACAGAUAAAGAUGGCCUAAUUAGUUCACCGUUAAUCGUUUCUAUAAAGCCGGCAGACAUAGUAUUCACGACGGAUAUUAACGUUUCAUCACCUGACAAAGAUAAUAUACCAGAAAAUAGCGAUGUUACAUUAACAACAGCCAUAAAUCAACCGACUGGAAAAGUAAAAUGGUUCUUGAAUAAUAAAGAAGUAAAAGAAGAUCAGCAACAUAAAAUAACGGUCAACGGACAACAGCGUCAAUUAACCAUAAAAGCAUCAGUUACCAAAGAUUCUGGUAUUUAUAGUGUAAGGACAGAUAAUGAUGAAAGAACGGUGGCACUUACUAUUAAAGAACAAUCCAAAGCGAAAAUUCCGUGUGUCAUCGAUGCUCCAAAACUCUUGAAGUUUAUUGAAGAAGAACCAUUAAAAAUUCAACUUACUGUAGUUAAUGUACCUGAUGAUUUAAAUGAAUUAUCUUGGUCUCUAAAUGGCAAACCGAUCUCUGUUGAUAAUAUAAAUACAGUUAAUACCCCAUUUGACUCUUCAAGUAUUUCUCCUGCGAUUCGUCGUCAUAUCUAUCAAGAAGAAUCAAAGUCUAAUGAACCUGAUCGAUUAAUUUUUACCUUGGAAGUGCCAUCUUGUUCAAAUAAAUUAGAUGCUGGCACCUAUACAUUUCACUGGAAAAACGAUACAAAAACACCAUUAGUGUCCAUUAAAGUUGAUAUCGUUCUUGCUCCGUUAAAAUUCACCAUUCCAUUGGAGCCUUUAUAUAAAGUGGAUGAAGAUACAAGAGAACCUGUUGUUAUCAAAUGUGAAAUCAAUCGUGAUCAGAUGAAAGCCGUGUGGACAAAAGAAACAACAACAUUAAAAUCCAAUACAAAAGACGGCCCCAUUUUAGAACAGAAGAAUAGAGAAUUUAUUCUGAGAUUUCCUCAUCCUAGAAAGACAGAUGCUGGUACGUAUAAAAUUAAAAUUGAAAAUCUUGUUGGUGAAACAAAAAUUGAAUGGAUUGAACAAGAAAUAACGUUUACAAAACCAUUGACACCAAAUAAUGUGAAUAUUACAGAAGGUAGUGAAAAACAAAUUGAAUUAAUUUGUGAAACAUCAAAACCGGUACCGAUAGUAUGGUUUCAUGACGAUCAAGAUCUAACAAAACUCACUUUGCCACAGAAAAAACAUUAUCAAAUCGAUGAUAUAAAUACUGUUCAUAAAUUGAAAAUAUUACAACCCGUAUGUGAUGAUUCUGGUUUAUAUCGUUGUGUAAUAAAAUCAAAUAAUGUAGAAACAAGUUCACAAUGCACAAUUGAACCGGCUGGAAUCGAUUUUGUUCAACAAUUAGUAACACCUGUUAUUGCAGAUUAUAAUAAAACAACAAUUUUAGAAUGCGAACUAACGAGAAAGCCUCAAAAAGUAGUGUGGAAAAAAAAUGGAAAACCAAUUGAAGAUUCGGACAAAUAUGAAAUAAUGAAUAAUGGAAAAUUACAAGGCAUUCCUUUAAAACUAGCUGUUGCCGAAGAAAAACCACAGAAAGUAGAUGAUGUUGAGUCUAUAGUACCUGAAAGCUCAUUCCCAUUUAACAAAUCCGUCUUUCGUCGACCAUUACAAAAAGCAUUAAGCGUUCAUGAAGGUAAUGAUUUUGCACUUGAAUGUGAAAUGAAUGAUGGAAAUCAACCAACGGAUUGGUUUUUGGAUGAUGAUAAAAUCAUGCCUGAUAAUGAACAUUUUAAAGUAGUCGAUCAUGGUCCAGUGCGAAAAUUAAAAGUUCAUAAAGCUGAACCGAACGAUUCUGGACGAUAUACGUGUGCUGAUCGUAAAACAGGUGAAAAAACAAAUACGGAUGUUGAUGUAAUCGAGGUGCCAAUAAAAAUUGUUAAACCGUUACCCGAAAAAAUAACAGUCAAUCAAGGUGAAAAUUUAAAAUUAGAAGUUGAGUUAUCUCAUCCAAAUGUACAAGGUUGCCAUUUUGCCCGCUAUGACAAUAAAAAUGAACAACAACUAUUGAGAAAAGAUAAACGUACUAAAGUAUCGUGCGAAGGUGUCAAAUUUACUUUGGUCUUAGAUAGUUUAUUCCCAGUGGAUGCAGGUGUAUACGAAUUUCUUGGUCCAAAUAAUUUACAAUCAAAAUGUCAAGUAAUUGUCAAAGCUCAUCCAUCAAAAAUCACUCAACCAUUGAAAGAUGUCACAUUACCAGAAAAUCAAAAUUUAACAUUAGAAGCACGCGUUGAUAAUGAACAUGCACCCAUUUCAUGGUUUUUCAAUGGUCAAGAGUUAAAAUCUGAACAACAUACGACAAUAUUGUCAAAAGGACGACGACAUACUCUUGUUGUUCAAAAAGUCAAAAUGGAAAAUGCUGGUCAGUAUGAAAUACGUACACCAGAUGAUAAAAGUGCAUGUCAAGUAAUGGUGGAACAAUUAGAUGGUGUUGAGUUCAUAAAACAAUUGACAAUUAGACCCAAAGAUGAUAUUAAAGAAACACAGCCUGUUGAACUUGUGUGUGAAACUAACAAAGAUAAUGUUCCAGUGGAAUGGAGUAAGGAUGGUGAAUUAUGCAAUGAUCAACGAUUAAAAAUACAAACAAAGGGACGAGUACAUUCCAUCACAAUUGAAGAAUCACUUUCGUAUGAUCAGGGAGUGUAUACAUGUAAAAUUAAAUCAAAUAAUAAAACAACAACAGCAACAUUGAAAAUCCAAGAAUCGCCGGCUGAUUUUACUCAUAAAAUAGAGCCUAUCGAUGCCAUCAAAGGGGAUACUGUCACAUUUGAGUGUCAAUUGAAUAAAUCUAAAAUGAGUGUAAAGUGGUUGAAAGAUAAUAAACCUUUGACUCUAGUACCUGGCCGUUUUGAAGCCGUAACCGAUACGGAUAAUGACCGUAAUCAUUUAUUAACGAUACGUAAUGUUGAUACAAAAGAUGAAGGAACGUACACGUGUGUUAUUGAUAACACAACACCAAGCAAGAAAUGCUCGGCAUCAUUGAACGUAAAAGGCGUUACGUUAAAAUUAGUUGAACCAUUGAAAGAUGUUACGAUAAAUGAAUCAGGCGAUCUGGUUUUGAAAUUCACUGUAUCACAUGAUAUUAAACAACUGGCAACGUGGAAAUCGGAUGGUCAACCUGUAAAAACUGAUGAACGUGUACAAAUUGAACAAGAUGGUAAAAUGCACUUUUUAACAAUUAAAAAUAUCAAAUUAACUGAAAAAGGAAAGUACACCGCUCAACUGAUGAAUAUCGAAACGUCGUGUAAAGUAACUGUCAAAAGUAUUCCAUAUAAAGUCGUAAAAGAAUUAUACAUAGUUGAUAAUAAACAACCAAAUGAAAAUGAAUCAGUUACAUUAGAAAUUGAAUUGAAUAAACCAUUAGAUACCGAUGUUAUUCUAUUAAAAGAUGGAAUAAACACAUUAAAAUCAAAAACUAAAACUCCAGUACGUGUUCAAGCAAAACAUACUGGCAACGGCAUAUACCAGUUUACAAUAGACAAUUUACAGGUAAAUGAUAGUGGGUUGUACGAAGUACCCGUCACACCAAAUUUAAAGAGUUCGUUAACCUUACAAAUUCGUCCAAAACAAGAGGAAAUCAAGAACGCCGCGACUGAAAUUGAAAAGUCUAAACCAGUCGAAGAAGUUCAGUCUAUACCUAUCAGUGACAUUGACAAGCAGAAAACACCACUAGAGGAAGAUCAAGUGACGAAAGACAAGAGCCUUCCAAAAACUCAAGACUAUGACUUUACGAUCCCAUUGAAAGGCACAAUUACUCUGAAUGACAAUGAACCUCUCCAUCUAGAGUGUACUCUAAACUUUCCAGUGGAAAAACUGACAGACACAACGCCAGAAGCUAUUGUUUGGUUGAGAAAUGGUACACCAUUGGCGUCCGAUCGUGUUAAAACAAAUGCAAAUGGUGUUAAACUGACGUUAGAUAUCGACAAUGUUAAACUGAAUGAAGAUGAUGGAAAAUACACAUUAAGAUUACCAAAUGGGAAACAAUGCUCUGUACAAGUCGAUAUCAAAGCAGUAAAAAUGAAAAAAUUGGAUGUAAAAAAUGAAAUCAGUGUGCCGUUACAUAUUUUGUUAGAAAAAGAUAAAAAUCAACCAUGGAAUGAAAAUGUAGUCAGUAACGGACCAACUGCUGUCGGAGAAAAUAUUUUGUUACGUUGUAAAACAUCCAAACCGGUUAAAUUAGUUGAAUGGUAUAAAGGGGCGAGAAAGGUAACAUCACGUCGUGCUGUUCCAAAAAGUACAGAAAACUCCACAGUUCACGAAUUACUUCUGUCCAAAAUUGAAGCGGAAGACUUAGGACAAUAUCGCGUAUUGUUGGAUAACGAUCUUGAAGAUAAAGUUGACGUGAUAAUUCCACAGAAACUUGGUAGCAUUACUAUUGAUGGUGAUGCUGUUGAAAAUGGUACGGUGACUUUAACAUGCGACGCUUCAUUACCACCAAAGAAGAUACGUUGGUUAAAAUCUCAAAAAUCAAUCGAUAGUGAUAAACGUUUUGAACCUCGUGAAACGGAUAAACGAUUAACUUUAAAAAUUAAAAAUUUGAAACUAGACGAUUCGCAACUAUACACACUUGAAGUUGACAAUAUUACUGCUGAAUAUCAGCUGACUGUUAAAGAACAACCACUCAAAUUUGUUGGUGAACUAGAAAUUACUCCAAAAUUGCCUAAGGAAGAUGACACUGUCACAUGUACAGUUCAACUCAAUAAAUCCACAUCCGAGCCUUUGUUAUGGUACUUGAAUGGGAAACCAAUAUCGAUUGAUGUUGAUGCUGAUGCACGUUUUAGUUUGAAAUCUGAUGGUCCAAAACAUAUUUUAACCAUCAAAAAAAUUCGUCCUGAAGAUGCUGGACGUAUUGAAUGCCGGUUAUCAUCGAAUGAGAAUGAAAAGUUAUCAGCCGAAUUGAAAGUGAAAGAAAAAACACUUCAGAUAUUAAAACCUCUUACAUCAAAUAUAGAUAAACCACUAGAAGGUGAAGAUGUUGAAUUAAGUUGUCAAUUUUCGAAAAAACCAAAGCAAAUUGAAAUAUAUAAAGAUGGAAAAAAAUUAUUACCGCGUGAUUUGGAAAAUAAAUUGAAUGAUAAUGAUUUUACAUUUACAAUCUAUUUACCAAAAACGAAACCCACAGACAAAGGAAAAUAUACAGUGAAUGCAGAUGGAAUUGAUACGUCCUAUACACUGCGAUUAACAUCGGAUCCAAUUCGAUUUGUCGAAGCAUUGAAAUUUGAUAAAGAGCCGGCAUAUGAAGGAGAUACGGUGAAAGCAACAUUUACAGUAAACAAAGUGCCAUCCAAACCGCCUCAGUGGCUAAAAGGAAAUCGUGCGCUACCUACCACAAACACUGAUAAAUAUAAAUUUGAGCAAGUUGAUUGUUUAUUCACAUUGAAUAUUUCAUCACUUGAUCUCAAAGAUGCUGAUUCUUACACUGUAAAGCUUGAUGAUGGUGUUACACAAUCGGCUCGUCUUAAAGUUCAAGAAAUUCCCAUUAAUAUUCUCAUCCCACUAUCUGUUACACCAGAACAACCAUUUGUUGGUAACGAGUUUACCUUAUCCAUCACAUUAAAUCGUGAACCGACUAAAAAACCAAAAUGGCUCAAAAAUGGUAAAGAUCUAUCGUUGAAAAAAGACGCUCGUUUUACAUUUAAACAAGAAAAGAAUUCAGAUAAUAAUGGUAUCACAUAUUCGUUAAUAAUUCGUUCAUCGACAUCCGAUGAUGAAGGUCCCUAUCGUUUUGAAAUAGAACCAAUUAGUGAAUCGCUUAAUGUGAAGUUAUUUGAACAAAAAAUUCUCAUUGUACAAUGUGAUGAAAAUGUAAGUGGUAAAAUUGGUUCAUCGACAACGUUUUCGUGUAUCCUUAAUGUUCCACAAGGCCACGUUACAUGGUUUCAUGAUGGUGUAAAAAUUGCUUCAUCUGAAACACCCAUGAAAUCAACGGCAAAUCGUUAUACAUUGACAAGUACUGAUACUAAACGUACGCUGACAAUCAAAACAAUUGAAAAAGGCGAUUUUGGUUCCUAUACAGUAAAAACAAGAGAUGAUAAACAUGAUUUAACAUUAAUACAAGAAACAAGUGAUGAUGAUAAAUUAAAAGUUUUAGAAUCACCUCCAAAAUUACUCGAUUUAGAUCAAGAUGAUGAAUUAAAUUUAUCAAUCGUUACGAAUAUUCCAUGUUCCAUUGAAUGGACAAAAAAUAAUAAACUUCUUAAAACAACAACAAAACAAAUUGAUGAUAAACAUUAUUGUGUUAUGUUCAACAUACCCAAAGUGGAUUAUGAUGAUGCAGGAGUCUAUAAAUGUGUUGUUUUAGCCAAAAAUAAUAAACCGUUACACGAAUAUCAAACAGAAAUAUUGGUUCACGAACCAUAUAAUAGACAAAAACAUGAUUUGAAUCUUGGACAAGAACCGUUGCUAUUUGUAAGGAAAUUAGAAAAUCAACAAGUUAAUGAAGGUGCUAAUAUUAUUCUUGAUUGUGAACUGAAUCGACCGCCAUCAUCGGUUAAAUGGUUCAGAAAUGGUCAAGAAGUGAUACCAAACGAAAAAAUAGAAAUUGUAAAUCUACAAGAAGUAUUACAAUUAAAAAUUACAAAAGUAUCCGUUGAUGAUCAAGCAGAGUAUAUUGUUGAUGUAGAUGGUUUGAAAGGUUAUGCAUUUGUCAAUGUGAUAAGUUCUCGAAUACGCUUUAUUCAAACAUUGGCGGAUACAACUGUUUGGGUCGAAUCAAAAGUGAAGUUUGAUUGCAAAUUAUCGAUACCUGAUACCCCUAUUGUCUGGAAACGUGAUAAUGUACCAAUCGAAUCUGAUUCCACCGUUUAUCAUAUUAAAAUGGAUGGUCAAAAUCAUUAUCUUGAAAUUGAUUCAGCUGAAUUAGAUCACAGUGGCAAAUAUUCGGCACACUAUAAUGAUGAUGUUGAAACAUCAUGUCAAUUAAGUGUACAAGAAGCACCGGUAUUUUCACGUGAACUACCACCCGAAUUAAUAUUGAAAGUUGGUGCAAAUUUGUUCGUGGAUAUUGAAACAUAUCGACCCAACAAACAAGUGCAGUGGUAUAAAAAUGGGGAAUUACUAUCAUCCAUGACUGGACGUUUUCAUCGAACGGAUGAUAAAUAUAGUCAUGGAUUGAAAAUAAAUAAAGUAACACAACAAGAUGAAGACGAUUGUAUACUAGAAUGUGUCUGUGAUAAUGUUCAUUCACGCUGUCACGUACAUGUACAUGUUGAACCAUUAGUAUUUUUUAAAGAAUUGCGUGAUGUAAGCUAUACACCUGAGGAAAAACUAGUAUUUGAAGUUAAAAUGAAUAAGACACCAUUAGAAACGGCACGUUGGCUACAUAAUGGUCAAGUUGUUUUGCCCAAUGAUCGCAUUAAAAUCACUUACGAUGAUAAUGAACAUGAAGCUAAAUUAAUUAUUCUUUCAUCUGAUGACAGUGAUCAAGGAAAAUACAUGUAUGAUGCUGUUGAAGCACGUACAAGCUGCACGGCUGAUUUGAAAUUAGUUAAAAUACAGUUUAUACAAGAUUUAAAUAAUCGUACAAUUAAACAAGAUCAACCAUGUCAGUUCGAAUGUGAACUAAAUAAAAUACCAACAAAAGUCAAAUGGUUUAUUAAUGAUCAAUUGGUAACAAGUGAAAAUACAAAUGGACGUAUUGAGACGACAACAUCACCAGGUAGAAAAAAAUAUAUGCUGAAAAUAAAGCAAGCGCUGUUAGGCGAUAGUGGAAAAGUAACAGUGAAAAUCGACGAUGAAUUAGAAUCAACAGCAACGUUAGAAGUCAAACAAAUACCAACAGAAUUUAUCAAAAGUCUAACAGGUGCACGCGUAUCCGAAAAUGACUCUGUCGAAUUUUCAUGUGAAUUGAAUAAAGCGAAUGUACCCACCAAAUGGUUUUUAAACGGACAGCUAAUAGAAAAUGAUCGUCGUUUCGAAAUUAAAAAACAUGGUACAAAACACUCGUUAACAAUUUAUAAUAUACAAGGACAUGACGCUGGGGAAUACAAAUGCACUGCAGAUGGAGCCACAACGAGUGCUACACUACUCGUGAAAGUGACUCCUGUUACAUUCACUCUACCAUUACAAGAGGAAGUAAGAAAUCAAGAUGAGAAAGUAGAAUUUGUUUGUGAAACAUCGAAACCAUGUCGUGUUCAAUGGAAUCAUGGUAGUCAAAGUUUAACACAGUCAAAUAAAUAUGACAUUGAAACAGAUGGAAAUCGUCACUAUUUACGUAUCUUAAACUUGAAACAAGACGAUAAAGGCUGGUACAAAUGCAGCGUGCAGGAUGCAGCAACGGAAGCUAAAUUAACCAUUAUCGAUAAACCAGUUGAACUUGUUAAACCAUUAGAAGAUUGUGCAGUUUCAGAAAAUGAAAGUUUGACGUUAUUUUGUGAAUUGUCCAAGCCGGAUAUGGAUGUAACAUGGUACCAUAAUGACAAACGUUUGUUUACAUCAACUCAGUCGCGUAUACGCGCAAAACAAUCAGAUAAACAGUAUAAAUUGCUAAUUGAUGAUUGUGAACCAGAUGAUCAAGGAUUAUAUGAAAUGCGAUGUGAACAUAUUAAAACAUCUUGCCAUCUAACUGUUAAAAAAAUAGCAACCAAAUUUCUAGAACAAUUGAAAAAUAUAAAAGCCACUGAAGAGGAAACUAUUCGAUUUCAAUGUCGUAUAUCAAAAUUGAGUUCAAAUAUCAAGUGGUACAAAGACGGUGUUCGCGUCACGCCAAGUGAUCGUCUAGUAUAUUCGGUUAAAAAUGACUUAUUGACAUUAACCAUUCAUAAUGUACAAAUGUCUGACGCUGGAAACUACAAGUGUACGGUGGAUAACGAACAUACCAAUGCAAAUCUUCUCGUUGAGCCGCUGCCAGCUUUCUUCACAAAAAUGUUGCCAAAGACAUGGACACUAUAUGAUGGAGAAGCGCUACACUUAACUUGUCAUCUAUCGAAACCAGAUGUGAAUGUAACAUGGCUCAAGAAUGGGGUGCCAUUACCAUCUGAUGAUCGUCGAGUGCAAGCAAGAACGGAGGGAUUACAUUAUACACUGUCGAUUCGUGAACCGACGACAACUAAAGAUGAGGGCUUAUAUACAAUAAAAAUUGAUAAUGAUGAUAAAGAAAGUAGUUGUCAAGUGACUGUUGAAGAUCUUGCAGGCACUGAAAAGAAAAAGCCUCAUAUUAUACGUCAAUUACAAGAUGUAACAGUUCCUGAACGCAGUUCAUUGCGUCUUGAGUGUGAAUUCGAAGGGGAUGAUGUCGAAGCCUCCUGGUAUCUUAAUGGUGUAAAAAUACAACAAAAUAGUUUCACAACGAUUGAUAUGAAAAAUGACGUAGCGAAAUUAACUAUAAAAGAAGUUUAUACAGAAGAUGGUGGAAUUUAUAAAUUGCGUUUGCGUAAUCCGUACGGUGAAGUAUCAACAUCAGCAACAGUUUACAUCAAACUUCAUGGCGAAGAUACAUGGAAACUGAGCACGGAUGAGAUGCCUCCAAAAUUUUUGGAGCCUAUUUCUGACGUAUUUGUUCAUGAUGGACAAAAUGCACAUUUUCGAGCUGUCAUUAGCGGACAUCCCGCUCCGAAAGUAACCUGGUACUGUAAUUACAAGAAAAUAAUGCCCAAUGAUAAAUAUAAACUUACGCAAGAAAAAGAGAUCUACGUAUUAGCCAUUUUGAAUGUUACAGACGACGAAGAAGGAGAAUACAUGUGUAAGGCAGAAAAUGCAGCCGGUGAGAAAUCAUGCUCAGCAAAUCUGCAUCUGAUUGAAUCAACGAAGAAGAGAGAUAAAACGACUACUGAUGAGUCUGAAAAAGGCGUCAAUGAUAUCGCACCAUCAUUUGUGAGAAAAUUACGUAAUUGUACAGUAAUUGAAGGACAAAAGGCAAAAUUUGACUGUUUCAUCAGUGGCGAACCAACACCAUUUAUUCGAUGGUUGAAAGGUGGUGUCCCAUUGGAUGUCGAUAUCAAUAACUUCAAAUAUCAGUCUCAAUGGCACACUAAUGCCAAAGCAACAUUAAUAAUAAAUGAUUGUGUUCAAGAAGAUGCUGGAGACAUUACAGUAAUUGCGGAAAAUCGAGCUGGUUCCACAACUUGUUCAGCGGAAUUAACUGUUGAGCCUCAUGACGAUACAACACGAUUAAAACGGCGCGUUAGUUUUGAUGUACCAGAUCUUGCCGAUAAAAAAGGUCGAGUCACAUCGGGUACCAUACCUCAGCCACCAUCACAGUUGGUACUCACACCACGUUCCAAAUCAAGUUUACUACUAAGCUGGGAACAUUCACCAUCGUAUAGUCGCCAGUCUUCUGUAACAUAUAUCGUAGAGAUCCGUGAUCCAAGAACAUAUUCAUGGACAUGUUAUGCACAAGGUUUAUCGGACACCAAUGCUCAUAUUCAUGGUCUGAACUUAAAUCAUACUUAUGCAUUUCGUGUUCGAGCUGAGAAUUCCUACGGUGUGAGUGAUCCAUCAUUACCUGUCACCAGUCGACCAUUAACAAAAUCAAAUGAGUCGCGCAUUGAAGAUGACUUACUGGCGAAAAAGAGAAAGCCAGAAACAACAAGACCCUUUGACGAUUUUGGUGGUAUUAGACCCUCGUUACAAGUGGAUGGAUCAGAUGUUCAAUACUUUAUUGAAGGACAUAAUACACGUAUUGCCAUGCUAUUACUAGGUUUUCCAAUGCCUGAAAUAACAUGGUAUCAUAAUGGAAGUAAAAUUAAACCAAGUGAUUCACGUUUUCAACCUUAUACUGAUAGUCGUGGUUAUUGUUAUUUAUACAUUGAUGCAGCCAUGCCAUCUGAUGAAGGAGCAUAUGAAGCUGUGGCAGAAAAUAAGCAUGGUUCUGCACAUUAUACUGUACAUUUGUAUGUAGCUGAUCCACCAAUGUUCCUAGAACCACUGAAAGAUCAACGUGUUCGAACACAUGAUACAUUACAUCUUGAAUGUAAAGUAGAUGGUAUACCUUAUCCUGAAGUAAGAUUUUAUAAAGAUUGGCGUUUAUUAACGGAUUCACAUCGAACAAAAAUUCGUCACAUUGCACCAGACACAUGGCAGUUGACAAUAUACGGCGUAAUUGAAAAAGAUACGGGAUUAUACACGUGUACAGCGAAAAACAUGGCUGGUGCCACUCUAACAUCUGGCAAGGUUUCCAUUGAAGAUAAUCUAUUAAAUAUUCCACGUCCUGAUUUGGAACGUCCAGCAGUAGCAUUUAAAAAGAAACGUUUUGAAGAAGAUUAUGAUAUAUUAGAAAGAAUAGCACAUGGACCAAUUUCAUCCGUUUAUCGUGUUAUUGAACGUCGUACAGCCAAAGAAUAUGUGGCAAAAAUCAUUCACAAUCCAACUCAUUUUGAUUGGUUAAGACGUGAAAUGAAUAUUUUGUCAAACAUCCAUGAUUCCAAUGUACCACGUUUACACGAUGCCUAUGAAAGUGAUAAAAUGCUUGCACUCAUACUUGAUAAUGUAUCCGGUGUUGAUCUACUUCAAUAUAUGCUUGGACGAAAAACUUAUACGGAACCUGAAACGGCAUUCAUUAUACGAAAUCUACUUGACACUUUAAAAAAUUUACAUUCCAGAAAUAUUGCACAUCUUGACAUUAAGCCUGAUAAUAUUUAUAUCGACAGCAAUCAUGAUCCGGUUCAUGUACGACUACUUGGAUUUUCAAAUUCACAGCAUCUCAAAGGCUCAUCAAAUUUCUAUUCUGAUUAUGGAUCACCAGAAUAUGUUGCACCGGAAAUUGUUAAUCGUUCACCCAUAUCAUUGUUAACAGACAUGUGGAGUGUCGGUAUAAUAAGUUACUUGUUACUUAGCGGUUCAACACCGUUUGCGGAUACAGACGAUUCCCAAACAUUAAAUAACAUUAAAAAUGGUAAAUGGAAAUUUAAUGAAAACAUGAAUAAUAUAUCGCAUGAUGCAAAAGAUUUUAUUAGCAAAUUAUUGGUGAAUGAUCAAAGAAAUCGUAUGACAACUGAACAAGCAUUAAAUCAUCCCUGGUUAAAAUAUGCAUCUCAGCGUGUUGAUACCUCACCUCUCUCAUCUGAUCGUUUACAUGGUGCCUAUUCCAGACAACUAUAUAACCGUGAACAUCGUCGAAUAACAAAUGCUCCAUUACAAACAAUAUCUGAUUUACAUCAAAAACGAUUUAAUCGUGAUCCAUAUUCAACAGAUCAUGAUCGAACAUAUGAAGAUAAAUAUAUUAGAACUGGACGAAAACGAACAUCACGUGAUAUGAGUGUAGACAGUGAUCACGAACUUUAUCGUCGUCCACAUUCACCAGAUGAAGAACAUUUAGUACCUGGUAGUUAUCUGUUACCAAUGGCUGAUGUUGAUUUUGCCAUCCGUAUGCGUGGAUAUCAUCGUAUAAAUCAUCCAAACCGUUAUAGUUCAAACGACCGUUUAGCACGCAAACCUGCAACACCCGAGCGUCAAUCACUUCGAGAUACAGUGAAAGAACGGUUGCAUGUUGAUGUUCAAGGACGACGACAUCGUGGUUGUUCGUCAGUGCCACAUAGUGGAUGUUCAAUGCCACGAGAUAUAAGCGUACCACCGCCGUCAUCAUUACAACAAACAACAUUAUCGUCUUCUUCUAAUAAUUUCUAUUUACCAUACGGAAGAACCAGUGAAUCACCAACACAUCAGUACGGAUUGUCAGCACGUUAUGGAAGUGCUUCUAGAUCGUCGCCUUAUCGUGGUGUCAGCAUACCGAGAGAAUUUCAAGCGCAAGGUUUUACACGAGAACAACGUUCAACAACAGGAGCAGGAUUUGCGGCUGUAUUUAAAGAAAAAUUAAAUGAUUCAUCAUUUUUAAUUGGAGGUACAGUUAUUUUGCGUUGUAAAGUGCAAGGAAGUCCAUUUCCAAAGAUAUUUUGGUAUCGUAAUGAUGAAUUUAUUAUCGAGGAUGAUCGAAUACAAUUUGCUCUUGGUGUAGAUGGUCUAUGUACAUUGACCAUAAACCAUGCAAAAGCAUCUGAUAUUGGAAUAUAUCGAUGUGUAGCAAGAAAUAUGUAUGGUAGUGCGACAUCCAAAGCACGAUUAUUGAUAGGAGAUGUACCUGAUCGUCCACAACGACCAUUAGUUGUUGAUGUUUCGUCAAAUGAGGCAUAUUUAAUAUGGAGUGGACCAUCAUACGAUGGUAAUAACGAUAUAUCCGGUUAUCGUGUUGAUUACAAAGCUCGUGAAGAUCUUAAAUGGACAAAUUCCACGUUUACUAUCGAAGAAACAGCUAUUAUUAAAGAUUUGAAACCAGAUACCCAUUAUCGUUUUCGUGUAUCGUGUAUUAAUAAAAUUGGUAUAUCAUCGUAUAGUUGGGGUUCAGAAGAAAUUAAAACGUUGGAAGAUGGUGGAGAACCAUUGAAAAACAUUGAUCAUCAUUCUGCUUAUCGUUUACUAGAACAUCAACAUCGAAUUGAUCAAAAAUCGUUAAAAACCAUUGGCGAAUUUUUACAACCAGAUGUAAGUAAACCAAAAACAUUAGGUGAAAAAACGAUAUUAAAACGUGAUCAAAAUCCAUGGGAUUUGUAUAAACUGAUUGAAGAAUUAAAUAGUUAUGGUAACUCAUGCUAUAUUCGAUGCGCUGAAGAAGCAACAGACAGUGUAAGAAUUAUUAAAAUUACUGAUUUAACUAACGUAACACAAUCACAUUCAAACGAUUAUGUGCCAAAAGAAUUUGAAUUAUUAAAUCAAAUUGAUCAUGAACGUAUUAUUAAAAUGAAUGAUGGUUUCAUGUGGAAAAAUUCAUUUGUAUUGAUAAUGGAUAAUUAUAUGGAAAUAUGUUCUUAUAUCUGUUUACGUCAUAAAUAUAAUGAAGAAUUGAUUAUUAAAAUACUGAGACAAUUAUUAGACGCUGUACAAUAUUUACACUUUCAUGGCAUCGCUCAUUUGAAUAUUAAUCCGUCUAGUGUUAUCAAUGAAAAUCAAUUAUCGUUAAAUGUAAAAUUAACUGAUUUUUCAUGUGCAACACAGUUAGCAACACCAGAAGGACACAGUGUCAAAAAUUUAAUUAAUCCAAAUAAUGAAUAUUCUGCACCAGAAGUAUUAAAUGACGAAGCAGCCGGUGUGCAAGCAGACGUAUGGAGUAUUGGAGCACUCAUUGCUACACUGUUGAGUGGCUUUUCCCCAUUUGCCGGUAUUUCUGAUGAUGAUACAAAUCAAAAUGUUACGUUUGUUCGAUGGAAUACAAAUGAAUUUUAUGACGACGUUACACAAGAAGCCGUUCUUUUCGUUCAACAAUGUUUGAAAAAAUCACCAAUUAAUCGAUUAACUAUUCCUGAAUGUCUCGAACAUAAAUGGUUGUCACUAAAUUCAGUUUCCACCAGUCGACGUGAAACAGCCAUAUUUUUGACAGAAAAAUUGAAUCGUUUUGUAAAUGAUUUUCGGCAACGUUGUCAUUCAAAAACGAAAAUGCAACGAGAGACAAUAGCCGAGAUUUCAAAAUAA